ACAAAUAUUUUCUCUUCCGAGUUUCUCUUUCUGCUUGGCUGCUCAGUUCGGAACCCAUGGGAACCAUUCGGAAUCUUUUGGAGCCAUGCCAAAAACCCUGCGCAGUUUGUGAAGUUUGAAAUUAAUAAGCUAUUGAUAUUUUUUAUUGCUGUUUUAUAAAAAAAAACAACAACAAAAAAAAACGCAUAAAUAACCUUUAGGUUUGCGAAUACGUUUAUUCAGUAGGAGGCGUCGCAGAUGAGUAAAAGUGGGGUAUUUAAGGCAGGCAUAGAGGUAAACGGGUGGUAUUUCCACAGACGGGCAAUUUUUUUUCAUUCUGUCGAGACAGCGGAGUCGAAAUAAUGAUGCAUGGAUUUGGACAUCACAGUGCAGAAAUCCGAAAGGAUUCGUUAAGGCAAACCUUCUUUCUCAUCCCCAUCAUGCUAUGGUCAUAUGUAGAUGCUUUGAGAGUGACGAUUCCAGUGAAGAACAUGGCAGCAGCCAAAGGACACUCUGUGGUUCUGGGAUGUGAGUUUUUCACUGAUCCUGGACAAAAGUCAGAUAUUUCCAGCUUGGUGGUGACAUGGCAGCGAAAGGAGGAUAACCGAGUGGUCCACAGCUUCUAUUUUGAGAAGGAUCAGCUAGAAAAACAAGACCCUUUAUACCAUAACCGUACAGCGCUUUUUGUGAGCGGGCUGACCAAAGGAAAUGCUUCAUUGCGCUUAGAGAAUAUAAGAGCGAAUGAUGCAGGGCUUUACCUCUGCACCGUCAGCAUUAACGACGAUGCAGACAAAGCAGAAUUAAAACUGGAUUACGGAGCUCUCUACACCGAGCCGAGGUUAAUCGUCAGAGUAAAUUCCUAUGGAGUUCUGAUGCAGUACGAGGCGAUGGGAUUCCCAGCUCCGGAGGUUAAAUGGAAAAGAGAACAUGGCGAGGUCCUCAACAAUGACAUACAGACGUCUGUGGAAUUAAAUGAUGAGAAAGGACUUUAUUAUGUCCAGAGCAGUUACACGGCAUCAGACACUCCGCUCAACGUCACCUUCAUACUCAGAAACCAGCUGUUUGAUCAGCACCUGCAUAGGACCAUCAGCUACGCCGGUGUCCAAAACGACUGCUUAAAUGUCACUAUCGCUCUAUCGGUCGUUUCCUUACUCCUCAUUUUGACUGCAGGGACUUUGGUCUGGAUUUACUGUUGCAAGAAGAAAAAAUAACUGAAAUAUCUACACAGACGUUUCCUCUAAACCAGCGGUGUCCAAUCUUUUCCAGAAAGGGCCAGUGUGGGUGUAGGUUUUCAUUCCAAUCAAGCAGAAGCUACACCAGAGUCUACUAAAAGCCAAGAACAACCUGCACCCACACCGGCCCUUUCCGGAUAAGACUGGACACCGCUGAACUACACGAUGAUUUCAAAUCAGAAUUCGGUCAUACAAAUAAUGUCAUUUUGUUUUUUCUUUAUUUUGUCUAAAUCUAAUUCUGUUCAAAUGUAACCUGUACUUUUUAAUGUAGCAAUAUUGUCAUACAUACUUUUUUAUGAAAGAGUGAAACCAAAGUCUUAUCCUGGCUGACAUUCCCAUAAAUCAUUUCAUUCACACACAAGUAACAGCUCAUACAGUUUAUUUAGUAUUAUGCACAGAUUGGACCAAAUAGAAAAUAUAUAUUUAUUAUUAUUAUUAUAUUUAUUAUUAUUAUUAUUAGUAGUAGUAAUAGUAGCAUUAAUAGUUAAUUAAUAGGACAGAGGACUUUGUGUUGUCGUGGUUGUAGUAGUAGUAUCGUAUUAUGACGCUCCUCUGUGUUAGACACAAGAGGUUGCAAAUAAAAGUCCAUAAAAUGUUAAUAAUUGAAAAAAAAAUUCAUGCAAUUUGUCACUGGUGGUUUCCCAUCAACAUGAGUUACGUUAAAGGAGCAACACUGAUGCGCACACUUCCUACCAUACUAUACCAUAACCGUAACUGGAUGAGUUGGUUGAGUUAUGCUGCUUAAAUGAAUCCAGUCAAUCAAUUCAGAAAAUCAAAAACUGGGAAAUAACCCAAGCUAGAUGCAUUCCAGCUCGCAACUUGCUACCUACUCUAUUUAAAGAAAGCUUGAAUUGAUCUAAAGAAAUAAUCGUAUUUAAUCACAUAAAAUUUAUCGUAAAUUGGUUGUCUAUAUCUCUUUGUAAAAAUACUCUAUCAUGUAUACCAUUGAUUUAGCUCUUCAGUUAGCGAGCAUAUUUGCUACAGAGUUAAAAGAAAUGAUAAUGAGCUCGUUCAGAUGUUUAGUGCUAACAUUUUAGUAUUUCAGAUAAAAAAAAAAAAGGCAACUUUUCCUUAGUCGUUCUUUGACAUGCAGUGAAGAAUAUAACAGUUAAUUUGAAAGAAAUUUCUAAAAUCAGUGUUAGAUUAAGAUAAUGUUUGUAUGUUUAGUUGUGCUGGCUGAGUGUUAAAGGAGUGUAUAAUGAACCUUUUUGUUUUAGUUUACAAUGCCUUCUCUCAAGUGUAAUCCCAGAAGCCUUGAGAAAACCCAAAACAAUUAAACCGUAUCAGUCUCUGCUGCUGUCCUGACCCCUUACCUCAGUUUCCCGACACGGACAUUCUACCUAUAUCACAUAAUACAGAGACCUGAAACUUUAUGCUAGUUGAGGGUGUGGUAGUGAAUGGGUUUUAUGUCUGCUCUGUCUGCACAUUUUGUCUGAUCUGCUGAAUGGAUAUUGUACUCCUGUAUAUCUAGUUACAUAUCUUUAAAAAAUUAUUCUUAUAAUUACUUAAUAAAGCUUCAUAGAAACAACCAAGCA